AUGCCUGCACCGACCGCUCCUGCAGUGCUCCCUAGGCAAGAUACUGGUAUCGUAGUUGUAGGUUACCAAGACAUUGGCACCGAAAGCGAUCAACCUAUCUGGGCGGUUUCAACCUUCCCUCGAUCGGAGGGCUAUCUUUUCACAACUGGCAGCCUCUGGCAAAAGUGCAAAGCCUCCUCGGCUUUCGAAGUUGACGGCUCGAGCACAACUUCUCCAUUACCGAGGACAGGCUGCGAAGCAUGGACGAGUUGCUUCCACACGACGGUAUAUGGAACUGGAGGUUUGACUAGUACUUGCGAUGGAGAGUAUGGAUCCUGUUACUCAGAUAUCAUGUUCACCACCUCUGGCGCUUCUGACGCAUACACUCGUAUCUACUGCGACUGGACGGGGAGUCAUCCAUUACUGUCUACAACUCUGUACAAGGAGCUUCCGGCAAACGCGAACCCAACAUCAGUCGUAUCCCAAUCAGAAGCCUCCGCUACACCGGUAUCGAACAGCAACCCGUCGCCUUCGGCAUCUACUCCAUCUCCGACAGCGAGUCCUUCUAACGAGGAAAGUCAAUCCCCUGGUGGCGGCGGUGCGGGCAAUACCGCUAUAAUCGCGGGUAGCGUUGUCGGAGGUCUUGCAGUCAUUGCAUUCGCUGGUGUAGCUAUCUUGUACAUCCUUAAGCGCUCGAAGCGCCAUGCCGCGGGCGCUCCGAUUCCGUCCAGCGAUGGCGACUCUGCAGAUCCCCACGGUACGCCAGAGAUGACAAGAGAUGGAUACCCAGAGGCACCGGCAUAUUCACCAAUGGCGACGAAGUACGGUCACACAAUCAACGGAGGUGAGCUUGAUGGGCAGCAUGGAACGGCGGAGCUGGGUGGCGUGCCGCUACAUGAGGCUGAGGGACGACGAUAG